AGACGGAAUGCUAGCGUCAGAAGUGCCAGCGGAAGCCGGACUGGUGACCCUGCUAGACACGCACAGAGCUGAGGCGCCUGCACCGGUCCCCGCCCUAUCCAGCCGACCUCAGCGCAUCAUCAGACGACCUCAGCCCAUCAUUCACCUGCCGCCCCUGCGCAGGUCGUCUACUCGCUCGAUCAAGCGGCGAAAGUUUGACGAUGAAGUCGUGGAGAGCAGCCUGGUGAAAUCUGUACAGAGUAUAGGCACAGCACACCACAGCAGACAGAGGACCCAGUCAGGGGCCAGCACUGCAUCUACGUCAACAGAACUUGCCGAAACACUGACCACUGUGACCACACCUGUCUCACACCCACCAGAAAAGAAGAAAGGAAAGUCGUCUUCGAAACGCCAUAGAAAGCGACAGUCACAGUCACUAGCAGUAAACAAGGACCUGGGAAGGUGGAAGCCAACAGACGAUCUCCUGCUUAUUAUUGCUGUGCAGCAGACCAAUGAUCUACAGGCUGUAUACACUGCGGUGAAGUUUUCCUGCAGGUUCACACUGAAGGAGAUCCAGGAACGAUGGUACACUCUACUGUAUGAUCCCGCUAUAUCACGAAUGUCGACGCAAGCAAUGCGACAACUUCACCCUGAUGUCUAUGCAUCAGUACAGGCUAAAGCACUGUUCAGCAAAGCAGAGGAGAAACUGCUGGAAACAAUACCAUCAAACAGCCAACCAAGUUCGGAAACAUUCCAAGAGCUGCUGAACAAGAACGGGACAACAUUUUACCCAUCACGAACUUAUAAAGCCUUACAAACUCAUUGGCUGUUGAUGAAGCAGUAUCAUCUGCUGCCAGAUCAAUCAGUGCAGCCGAUGCCGAGGGGAGAUCAUGUUCUGAACUUUUCCGAUGCAGAAGACUUGAUUGAUGAUAACGAGUUAAGGGAUUUGCCGGGUGACCCAGUCCUUGAACAUGAACUUACCGUCGCUGAUAGGAGAGCCAAGCGGGAGAUUAGGAACUUGGAACAAGAACUUCCAAAGUGGCAGGUUCUAGUCGACAGCGUCACUGGAAUUAGCCCACCAGAUUUUGAUAAUCAGACACUAGCCGUGCUAAGAGGAAGACUGGUGCGAUACUUGAUGAGAUCAAGAGAGAUCACUCUGGGCCGAUCCACAAAGGACAAUAGCGUGGACGUAGACCUAUCACUGGAGGGGCCAUCGUGGAAGAUCUCUCGGCGACAGGGUAUCAUUAAACUGAGAAACAAUGGCGAUUUCUUCAUUCUGAAUGAAGGAAAACGACCGCUGUACAUCGAUGGAAAACCGGUCCUGCAUGGCAACAAGUACAAGCUUGGCAACAACUGCGUAGUCGAGAUAUCUUGCCUCCGAUUCAUAUUCCUUAUUAAUCAGGAUUUGAUUAAUGUAAUUCGUGCUGAAGCUGCUAGGCUUGGAUCAACCUGAUAAACACAGUUGCCAUAGUAACAGAUGUUUGCAUUAUAUAUUUUCAUUCUUACGUGAAACGUAAUAUAUGUGUAUAUACGUGUAAAAAAUAAAUUUUAGCCAUAGGAUACUAGUAU